AUGCUUUGUUACGUCCUCCUCCUACUCGCUCCACAUGGCUUACUCUGUACAACACACAUGGCAGCCAUCUCCCCUCAGGACCCAGUGCUGUCCAUCGGCUCCUCGGUCACAGCCACCUGCACCCUGAGCCCCGGGGUGACCCUCCAGGCCAGCUCUCUCUUCUGGACCCUAAACGGAGCGCGUGUGCCCAGCAGCUGCUACUCCGUCCUCAGCCCCCGCACGCUCUCCGUCAGCCUGCAGAACCUCCGCGGCUCCAGGCAGCAGUCUGGGGACAACCUCAUGUGCCAUGGGGCCGACGGACACAUCCUGGCCGGCUCCUGUCUCUACGUGGGCACGCCUCCAGAGAAGCCUGUGAAUCUGACCUGUUGGUCCAGAAAUGCCAAAGACCUCAGCUGCAAGUGGAGCCCGGGGGGGAGGGGCGAGACCCACAUCCGAACCAAGUACACCCUCAAGUACAAACUGAGGUGGUAUGAGAGGGAGGAGGAGUGUGGGAACUACAGGACGGGAAAACAGCGCUACUCGUGCUACAUCCCCCGGAACCCCGCCCUCUUCACGCCCUACGAGAUCUGGGUGGAAGCAGCCAAUCAGCUCGGCUCUGCAGUCUCUGACAUCACCACUCUGGACAUCCUGGACGUAGUGACCACAGACCCUCCGGGCAGUGUGCAGGUGAGCCGUGUGGGGGACCUGGAUGACCAGCUGACUGUGCGAUGGGCCAGUCCCCCUGAGCUCAAGGACAUCCUGUUUCAGGCCAAAUAUCAGAUCCGCUACCGGCUGGAGGACAGCUCUGACUGGAAGAUUGUGGAUGAUAUUGGCAACCAGACGUCGUGCCGCUUGGCCGGGCUCUAUCCCGGGGCCGUGUAUUUUGUCCAGGUCCGGUGUCGGCCCGUGGGCAUCUAUGGGUCCAGAAAACCAGGCAUUUGGAGUGACUGGAGCCAUCCUACUGCGGCCUCCACACCCAAUAACGAGCGGCUCUACACUGCCUCCUGCGACUCCAAACCCAGUGACCAGAACACCACCCUGCGUAAAGAGCUCAAGCAGUUCUUCGGCUGGGUCCGCAAACAUGCCUACGGCUGCAGCGGCAUGUCCAUCAAACUAUACGACCAGUGGAGAGUGUGGCUGCAGAAGUCUCAUAAAACAGGCAACCAGAUUCUAAGCGACGAUAAUUCAUAG